AUGGAGGUACAAGACAUCCUGAGGAGUAUCGAGCCUCGUCAGGGACAGGUAUUGCCGAUCAAGACCGUCCAGGAAACACAGACGACUGAAGAGUUUGAGGAUGCAUAUGUAGCUGAAGUCAACGUGAAGUUGGCAUCGAAAGUGGUCAAGGCACUUGAUGCUGCUUUCCCUCGCGACCCUACUGUCCCUGUGAACCAUCUCCGACGAUUCGCCAAACAUUCCCAAUUGCCAGAAUCCGUGCGCUCAGCUGUCCAGCACAAUGAAUCCUCACCACAGACAAUAUUUGUCCUAGUCUCGCCUCCUCUCCCGGAAGUUGAUGCUCUCCAAAAAGUUCUUGCUCCAUUUGCCCCCGCCUCCUCGAACUCUUCCGAAAACCAGUCUGAACCCGCGCCUGCGAUUGCCCUGCAUUCAAUCAGGAUCCCUACUCAACCGCCCUUGAACGCUAAACAAGCCGAGAAUUGGACAGCGACAUACUGGCCCGUUGUCUAUAACCCCGCCGCCCCGCGAGCCACAAUAGCGCCGCCGCCGCAAAUUCUGAACCGUGCACUCGAGUCCAUCCAGCCCGAAGCCGGACAUUAUUUGGCGCUGGCCGAGAAAGUCGCAGAGGAAGCAGCAAAAUCCGGCCGAGGCCGCAGAAUUGGAGCGGUAGUCGUCGAUCCCGAAAUUCUCGCCUCCAUCGACACUACUGACGACGAGGACGGCACAAGAUGGACGGAGGCAGUCGUUGCCGUCGCAGGAGACGCACGAUAUUCCCGUCGGGAAGCCGGUGCGCUCUCGGCGUCAGAGCUUAAUCUUGGACCGGGUCCACCUGCAGCAGCGCAGACAUACAACUCUGAUCUGGAAGGUGGGCCUGAACUGCACGCCCUGAUGCGCGCCGUGGAUAUGAUUUCUCAGAAACGCCGUGAAGAAGACCGCGCGGCUUCAGAUACGAAACCGUACCUUGGCACUCUGGAGUCGUACUUUCUCUCCCAGUCAGAUGUAUCGACCUCGGUGUCCCGGUUAGGUUCGCAAGAACCGUCACCAGUGCCGGAGAAGCUUCUAAAGACAAACUCCGCCUUGCCUGUUGUUCCCACGACAGCGAACACUCCUCCAGUUGCUGCUCCGCGUAUCCGCUCUCGUGCGCAGGGUGGCUACCUCUGCACGGACCUUGAUGUAUACCUCACCCACGAGCCGUGCUUAUGUUGCUCCAUGGGCAUGCUUCUCUCGCGCUUCCGAGCGGUGAUCUUUCCUCGAAAAGGGCGGAUGGUUACGGGAGGACUCGCCUCGGAGCCUAUAGUCUCGCCAACGUGUAGCCCUGGCCCUGAAGCCGAGCCUGAAGACUCUGGAUCGAAGGCGUCAAUGGGAGAGUCGUUUGAUCCGGCAACAAAAAGAAAAUACUACGGUCUGCACUGGCGCAAGGAGCUGAACUGGCGGGCGUUGGGCUUCGAGUUUGUCGAGCAUGAUGAUCUUGCUCAAUGUACAGAGAGUCAGACUAACGUGCCUUUUCAUGCAUGA